CCACACCCAUGGGCAUGUACCAUAAACAUGGUCCAGUGAACUUCACGACCCGAUCGGUAAUUUAAUUGUAUGAACUUUUCCGUUGUGUGAUUUUUCGUUAACUAUAAUUUUCGUGAGUAAACUUGAAAUAUUCCUUGCUCCCAUGUCCAUGAUGUUGCCUCAGUGAACCUUUGCCAAGUCAAUAUUUUCUUGAAAACUUACAAGGACAUUUUGUAACUAAGAAGUGGCUUUUACCACUCUCAAGCACUUCGCCGUAUGCGGGAUGGAUCGUUGUAAACAUCAACAUUAGAAGCACGGCACAUUUACCCGACAAAAGACAUCCUCUCUCCAUUACACUGUGCCCCCGUAUAAAUCAGCGGCACAGCUGGGAGCUCGCUCGCCUAACACUAUGGGCAGCGCAGUGCUCGUAUACAGUGGAUAACGUGCGAACAAUCAUUGCUUAUCUGACUUCGGAAAUCGAUGGCUACGAAAAGCUCGUGAAAACCGCCGACUGAGAAGCAUCCAUUGCAUCUAAGGUGCUUUGAGAAGGAAGAGAACCGUUUCUGAAAAUAGUUCCCUUUAUCUACUGGCCUCUUUGGGAAUUAUAAAAGACAGGAAUUCUCUGCAAAAUGGUGGUGUUUAACGGGACUUUCCGUCUGAAGGUUUGUGAGGCUGUGGAUCUGAAACCCACUGAUUUCGCUACGCGGUUCGCCAGCAGCAGCAAGGAUGCUGCGAAGGCGGCUACAUCAAUUGAUCCUUUCAUCGAAGUCAGUGUUGAUGACGUACAUGUUGGAAAGACAACCAUCAAACAAAAGACCUUUGCUCCCACUUGGAAUGAAGAAUUUGAAUCCAAAAUUCAGAAUGGAGAGAACCUGAUAUUUACGGUUUAUAAUAACUCAAUGAUUAAGUCUGAAUUUGUUGCAAACUGCACGGUUGCAAUUGAAGACCUGAUUCAAAAUGCUACAAGUCCCAACAAUCCACUCAAUUCGGACAUCUGGAUUGACCUGGAACCUGCUGGGAAGGUACACGUCAUCAUUGAGCUCCAGGGAUCUUCAGAAGAACCGCCGAAGGAAAAAGUAUUUCGGGUGCGUGAAAAUGCGGUGCACAAAAGACGAGGAGCCGUCAGGAGACGGGUUCACCAGGUCAAUGGCCACAAAUUCAUGUCCACCUUUCUGCGCCAACCAACAUUCUGUUCUCAUUGUCAAGAUUUCAUUUGGGGUCUUUAUCGUCAAGGUUACCAAUGCCAAGUUUGUACAGUUGUUGUUCACAAAAGAUGUCAUGAGCAGAUCAUUACUCGCUGUCCUGGCCAUAAAGAUGAAGGCGUUAAUGACGUCGGGUCACAGCGAUUCAAUAUUAACAUCCCCCAUCGCUUUUCCCUCCACAAUUUCCGAAGACCGACUUUCUGUGAUCACUGCGGGUCUCUACUCUAUGGUCUCUUCAAACAAGGCGUGCAAUGUGAAGUGUGUAAAAUGAAUGUCCAUAAAAGAUGUAGUAGAAAUGUGGCCAACAACUGUGGUGUGAAUAGCAAAGAAAUGGCGAACAUUCUUAGCCAGAUGGGAGUAACAGGAGAUAAGCUUUCAAUAAAGAGAAAAAAGUCUUCUUUUGAAAUUCGCAGUCACACUCCCAUCAACAACUCUAGAUCACUGUCGCUCUCGUCAGCGCCCCUUAUACCGGAGCUGGAAGGUACCUCCAACCGUCAUUCGGCAUUUGCAUGUCACCAACCCUAUAGCAUGCACCACUACCUUGAUCAGAGUACCAGUAAGAUUGAAGAGAUGGCUGAAACCACGGACAAGCUAACGCUAGGUGAUUCUAAGGGCCACGGAGGAUCAGCCAUGAGGACACAAUCACUACAGGAGGAGCUGGAGAGGAGACCAAGCAAACGUUACAACUUGGAUAACUUUACCUUCCUCAAAGUCCUGGGAAAAGGAAGUUUUGGCAAGGUAAUGCUCGCGGAGCGGAAGGGAACCGAUGAGGUCUAUGCCGUCAAGGUUCUUAAGAAGCAUGCUAUUAUUCAAGAUGAUGACGUGGAGUGCACCAUGACAGAGAAGAGAGUCCUGGUGCUGGCUAACCGUCAUCCUUUCCUUACAUCCCUACAUUCCUGCUUCCAGACUAAGGACCGAUUAUUUUUUGUUAUGGAGUAUGUCAACGGAGGUGAUCUAAUGUUCCAGAUCCAGAGAGCCCGCAAGUUUAAUGAGCCACGUGCCAGGUUUUAUGCUGCUGAAGUCACGUUAGCACUAAUGUUCUUACAUCGGCAUGGGGUAAUAUACAGGGAUUUGAAGUUAGACAACAUUCUACUAGAUAUGGACGGUCAUUGCAAACUAGCUGACUUUGGUAUGUGUAAAGAAGGUAUCUUAGAUGGUCGUACCACUGCCACAUUCUGUGGAACUCCAGACUACAUCGCCCCCGAGAUUCUCCAAGAGCUAGACUACGGUCCAUCAGUAGAUUGGUGGGCUUUGGGUGUGCUCAUGUAUGAGAUGAUGGCCGGUCAACCACCGUUUGAAGCAGACAAUGAAGAUGAUCUCUUCGAUUCCAUCCUUCAUGAUGACGUCCUCUAUCCAGUCUGGCUCAGUAAAGAAGCAACAUCCAUCCUCAAAGCUUUCAUGACCAAGAACCCCAGCAAGCGUCUAGGCUGUAUGGAAUCACAAGGAGGAGAAAGGGCUAUCUUAUCACAUUCUUUCUUCAGAGAGAUCCAUUGGCAAGAUCUAGAAGACCUCAAAGUAGAUCCUCCUUUCAAACCUAAGAUUAAAACAAAGAAAGACUGGAACAACUUCGACACGGACUUCACUCGCGAGGAGCCUAAGCUGACGCCCAUCACCACCAAGAUCGUAGAGUCUAUCAACCAGAAUGAGUUCAGUGGUUUCACCUAUACCCGCCCAACAGCUGAGGAGAACCAAGCUACUACUACAGACAUCGACUAGGAGAUAAGCGCAAACAGGAGGAGGAGCUUCAUUUUUUCUACCACUGGGAUUAUAUGCAAUAGACUUGAUGGAGGAGGAGAAGAUGGAUGAAGACUUUCGAGGUUUUGGCCAAAGGAUGCUGACAUCUUGUUAAUGCUAUGCGCGUGUGGAUCGCUGCGAGAAAUCUGUAGCGUGCACCAGAUCAUACAGAUGGUGGCAUGAAGACACUGAAGACUUGUGUGGAUCUUUUGGAGCAGAGUGACAAGUGUAUUUGCUGAAUUUCAUCGGUCGUGGGUCAUGAGAACGAUGUGGUCCUAAGCACAGCAGGUGUUUUUUUUAUCGUGUAUGAAAAAAAAAUUGUUCAAACUUUCAUCGAGCGGGAAAUGUGUGUGCUGCUAUGAAAUGACUUUUUGAUUCUGAGCCUUUGAAUAAGGCUUUGAAUAAGCUGCAGAUUAUUAUCUUUAUGGGUUGACCUUUGACCCCAAGCCCAUUUCCAUGUUGCUUGAGUCAUACUUUGAGAAUUGUUAAUGAUAUUCCAAGGUUAGGCUAUGUAUGUUAUGUAGUGGAAAUUAAUACAAUGAUGAGUCUUUCUAAAAGAAAAUUGGUCAUUUUGUGAAAUUCAAUCCAUCUCAGUUGAGGCUACAUUUAUAACCAAGUGCAGUAUACUCUCUCUCUCUCUCUUGCUCUUUUACUCUCUCUCUCUCUCUUUCUGUCUUUCUGUCUCCAUUUCUCUUUCUUUU